CACAUUUAUUUCCUAUUAGAAGUGAAAUAAGAGUAUUUCAUAUGAUAUUUUGAAGGAUUUAAGUGGCUUAUAAAAUUUUAAAAAUUAUGAGCUAUUUUAUAUUAGAUAAUCAAAGUAAAAAUCAGUAUGAAAAGUUCAACGAAAUUCGAAUUCAAUCGGUAUUACAUCCCAAUUUGAGAUUAACUCUAUUAGGCUUCUGUAUAAUAUUUCUGAUAUUGUCAGUAUGGAACUUAAAUAAUAUGACAAAUCCAACAGUGAAUACUUAUAUAUUUAAUUUAAAUGCAACUCGUUUGCAUGUAGUAUCAGACAAAUUUUUAUCCUUUGGUCUGGAUACAUCUUUACUUCGUGAUAUGGAAGAUCUUCCAAUUACAAAUGAAAAAUUUAUAAAUUUAGCUCAUCAUCUUUCACCUGCUUAUGUUCGAGUAGGUGGUACAUCUGCUGAUUGCUUACAUUUUAAUAAGACAGUGGAAAUAAGUUCCAAAAAAGUAAUUAGUGCAGUAGAUGGUCAAGAUAUAAGCAAUUUUACAAUCAAUAAGAUACAUUUUGAAAAUUUAUAUAACUUUGCAAUAAAAUCAAACUUGCGGAUGAUCUUCGAUUUAAAUGUAUUAAUUAGAAAUGCAAAUGGUUCCUGGGAUAAUACCAAUGCUAAGAGUAUAAUCUCAUUUGCUAAAGAAAAAAAUAUGAAAUUGGAUUGGCAAUUAGGAAAUGAGCCUAAUUCUUUUUAUCAUGUAUUUAAUAGAACUGUUACUGCAAUUCAGCUAGCAAAUGAUUACUAUCAAUUGAGAAACCUAUUAAAUGAAGCAGGAUAUAAUGAAAGUCUUCUUGUGGGCCCAGAAGUAAAUCAUGUAGGAGACACAAAUCAUGUAGGAGAGCAUUAUGCAGAAAUAUUUUUGGAAAAUGAUCAGAACAGUGUAAAUUAUGUUACUUGGCAUCAAUAUUACCUUAAUGGAAGGGAAGCUAAAGUAACUGAUUUCAUAAAUAUUUCAGUCUUUAAUUAUUUGCCACAACAAAUAAAGUCUAUAAAAAAAGCAAUUCAAUUGUCAGGAAAAAAUAUUUCUAUGUGGUUGUGUAUGUAAUUAUAUAUUCCAACAUAUAAUGUGAAAUAUCUUUUACAUGAUUUAUAGAAAAAUUUAAAUUCUAGCUGAGACUAGUACAGCUUAUGGUGGAGGUGCUCCAAAUUUGUCAGAUAGAUUUGUGGCUGGUUUUUUAUGGCUUGA